AUGUCGUUCAACAUUCCUUCCCAGCAGACGCAGAUUGUGCUGCGCGAGCGCCCCACGGCUGCCAUCAAGGAUACGCUCGGCGCCGCCGACUCGACCUACGAGAAGCGCACCGUGCCCGUCCCCACCGAGGCCGAGCUGGCCGACGGCGAGGUGCUCAUCCGCGUCGAGUAUGUCUCGCUCGACCCCGCCAUGCGCGGCUGGCUUCGCGACGCACGCUCCUACCUUCCCCCCGUCCAGAUCGGCGAGGUGAUGCGCGCAGGCGGCGUCGGCGUCGUCGUCGCCUCCAAGUUCGCUGGCCUCGCAAAGGGCGACCAGGUGAGCGGCACGCUUGGCUGGCAGCAGUACGCCCGCCUUCCCGGUAAGACGGUCGAGAAGCGCACCAUUCGCGAGGGCGGCUCGCUCCUCGACUUCCUCGGCCCGCUCGGCUCCUCCGGCCAGACCGCCUACUGGGGCAUCGAAGACGUCGCUGCCGUCAAGAAGGACGAUGUUGUCGUCGUCACCGGUGCUGCAGGCUCCGUCGGCACCAUCGCCGUCCAGCUCGCCAAGCUCAAGGGCGCCAAGGUCAUCGCCGUGGCCGGUGCGGACGACAAGUGCGAGUGGCUCAAAAAGUCGCUCGGCGCCGACGAGGCGCUCAACUACAAGGCGCCCAACUUCCGCCAGACGUACCGCGACAUUGUCAUCAAGAAGUACGGCUACAUCGAUGCCAUCUUUGAGAAUGUCGGCGGCAGCAUCCUCGACAUGUCGCUGCUGUGCAUGAAGCCGCACGGCCGCAUUGCGCUGUGCGGUGCCAUCUCGGACUACAACAACCCGAAGCCCGACGGCCUCAAGAACUACCAGACCAUCAUCGCCAUGCGUAUCAAGCUCCAGGGCUUUAUUGUCUUCGACUACCUCAAGCGAUACCCGGAGGCAGAGGGCAACAUGGCGCGCUGGAUGAACGAGGGCAAGCUUGCGCGCAAGUUCCACGUGGUCGGCGAACAGCACGACGCCCAGGCACGCGCAGCGGGCAAGAGUCUCGAGGAGUGCCCCAAGGCGCUCAACGACCUCUUUGCCGGCAAGAACGUCGGAAAGAUGGUCGUCCGUGUCGCUCCCUAG